GAACCACUUCUCUUUAUCAUCGCGAUUCUCCCAUUCUUCGUGAUGCGCUGUGGCCUCGCAACUCUGCCAUAAUACUAAUUACUAACCCUAUAGCAGCAGUGAAAGUCGUAGUCUGGAAACUGACUGUUUGAGCUCUUGCGCCUCUCCUUGAGCAAAACAAACAAGCAACCAGCUUUGGAAGCUUCAACCCACAGUCAACAUGUCGGUCGCCAGAUACACGCAGCCUACGCUGCCGCAGACACCAGGAAAGCCCUCCGCACAGCCAGAACAGCCAUACACACCAAACGGGUCAUGGAAACAUCCACAGUUUGAAGAGAUCGCGCGUCGUCAAUAUGCUACCACAUUCGACGAGCGCAACAUCCGCGCCAUCAUCCUCAAUACCGGAAUCCUCUUCCUCUCAGUAUGGGGAAACGCCAUGACAGAAAAGGUCAAGUUAUUGGAGUACGCAGCCACCCCCAUAAACGCGCUCGUAAAGGCCGUCCCAUACAGCCAUUGGGGUGUCCUCCUCAUCCGAUUCCUCUUCGUCGCAAACAUCGUCAUCGCCUUCCUCCCCCUCGUCCGCCGAUACUACCCCGACGACAUGGCCGAUAUAGCUCUUACACCGUCCCAGCGCGCGGCCAUGGGCCUCAAAGCCGAUGUCAAUGCGCCUCCUACCCCAGGCUCUGUCUACGCUUCUCCAAACUAUGUCACACCGCCGCGUUACCAGCGAUCCACACCACGCAGCAAUAGCUUCAGCAACGGUUCGCAAUCGCCGCUGAAUGGCAGCCCUCGCGCAAGCCUCGGAAGAUCGACGUCAAACUCGUCAUACUCGCCCAAUAGCGCAAGUCCAAUGUUUCAACGCACGCUGAGUGGAUCGGCAAAGCGGUCGAGCUAUGGGAGUCCGAUGAGCAGCAGUUUGUUUGGUGAGAGCUCUAGUAGCUUUACUCCUGGUACUCCGACUCCGUCGACGGGUAAGGCUAGUGUUGGGUUGAACAACAAGUGGCUGUAUGAGAAGCGUAGGGAUAGUCCCAAGAGCAGCUUGUUCAUGUGAGGGGCUUGGGUGCUGCCAUGACGUCGGAUGAAUGACGCUGUAGCUACGGAACAUAUCGCUUUAUACCCCGAUAUAUCGCGCUGGCGUUUGGGUUUUUCUUCACCACAUAGCUUGGGGGGUUUUGUUCGAGCGCUGUAUAAUUUGCGCAGAAAGACAGACAGAGAUAGAGAGCGGGGAAUCUUUGAUAAUAAUGUCCCCAUAUCUAACCA